GUGAGUUUUGUUCCUUGGGGUGCAGCUGCACCCCGCUCGGUAUGUAACUAUAGGUAAAUAUUUUGCAUACGCUGAAUACUAACUGGGGUAUAAAUAAACCCCAAAUUUUUCAAACGACGGAGAUUCCCAGUAUCGUGACGGCAACACUGUCGGGGAAUCCCAAUAGCGGCUAUGUAUAACGUGUCCACGCAAUUAUUGCAUUAUAAUCUUAGGUUUCGUGUGUGUCGUUACGUUUGUAGUGAUUGUCGCCUACGCGCUUAUUAAAGUGAGUGAACCACCGAAAUUUCGAAAUGAAAAUAAGCUAACAGACGAAGAACUAUUGGCGAUAUUAGAAACGGAUAUUUACGACCAUUAUUUUAAUGAUUCGGUACUAGAAAAUGGUUCAAGUGAUAUCGAAGAGACUGAUAUAGUGACUGAUACUAAUGAGAUAGAUGAUGUUUUGCAAGUUAGUGAUAGUGAGAAUGAUUUGGCAGAUUCUUCAGCUGUAGUUGGCCAAUCAAUAACUUAUACAGACAAUCCAACUUAUACUUCUAAAGAUGGUAGUGUGUGGGCAAAAGUUCCACUUACUGCGAGGACAAAGAGAAGAAAAUGUAAUAUACAAACUGGUCCAACAG